UGGAAAACGCGUCCAGACUUCCAUUUUGAAUGGAAAACGCGUCCAGACUUCCAUCUUGCUUUUCUCCAAAUGAACUUGUGUAAUGCGUUUUCUCUUCCAUUCCAUUCCAUUCAAAUUUCAGGAGUCAAUCAGUUUUCCGAAACUCUAUUUUGCGGUCCAAAUCUGUCGUCGAGAAUUCUCUAUGCCUUUGUGUUUUCUCUUCCAUUCCAUUCCAUUGAAAUUUCAGGACUCGGUCAGUUUUCUUAAACUCUAUUUUGCGGUCCAAAUCUGUCGUCGACAAUUCUCGAAGCCUUUGUACUUGCCCUCCCCAAAUCUAUAUAAUAAUAUUGCUAGUGGUCCUCUUCAUAUUCAUAGUAGCAGUAGAAGACAGCGUGAGAGGAAGAUGGAAAACAGAGAAGGACAACAGAUGGAUACAAAAUCAAAUACAAUAGAGAAUGAAACGAUGACGAAAUCAAGCCCUUCCCCUUCCUCCUCUGGCGUCGACAAAAUACAGCAAGUCCUACACUCCGAUUCUGCUGGUGGCUGGGAAAAAUGUUGGGCUCAAGGAUUGACACCGUGGGAUUUGGGACAGCCAACGCCAGUUCUUAAACAUCUUCAGCACAUAGGUGCCCUUCCAAAGGGCAGGGCUUUAGUCCCAGGAUGUGGCAGUGGUCAUGAUGUGGUAGCAAUUGCAUGCCCUGAACGCUAUGUUGUUGGAUUGGAUAUAUCAGACAUGGCCAUUAGGAAAGCGACAGAGCUGCAUUCCUCAUUACCAAAUGCAAAUUCCUUUACCUUCUUAAAGACCGACUUCUUUACUUGGCAUCCAGCUGAGUUGUUUGAUAUCAUUUUUGACUAUACGUUCUUUUGUGCCAUUGAACAAGAUAUGAGAUCUGCUUGGGCAAGCCAAAUUGAACAUCUUUUAAAACCAGAUGGAGAGCUCAUAACAUUAAUGUUUCCGGUUGGCGAUCAUGUCGGUGGUCCCCCAUAUAGUGUAUCCCUUGCUGAUUAUGAAGAGGUGUUAAAUCCAGUGGGGUUAAAGGCAGUAUCUGUUGUGGAAAAUGAGUUGGCUGUUGGACCUCGUAAGGGAAGGGAGAAGUUGGGAAGGUGGAAGAGGUUUACAAACUCAUCUUUGCUGUGAAAGUGAUGAUUUCAUUAGUCAUGGAUUACAAAAGAGUCAAGACCUAGCAUUUCGUUCUUGUAGUUGAUUAUUGUCGAGUUUUACGCAAUAAAUUGUCACUCGUCUCUGUUGAUUCCGGGGCUAUGGCAUAUUUGAGAAUAUUGGUUUGCAAGUAAGAAUCUGUUUGUGAAAAUCAAGUUAUUGAAGAACAAAUACAUGCUAUCAAGGAAAGGUACCUUGGAAUAAUGAAUUGGGCAACUUCACAUGUAACAGUAUUCUCAUGUAUAUAUAUAUAUAUGUAUUAAAUAUUUUGAAGGGUUUAUUA